AUGUUCUUUCCCUCGGUCGCCAAGCUGCUGCUUGCAGCUGGCUUUGUCCACUCGGCCCUGGCCCACAACAUCCAGCUGCCCGCCCACGGCCGCGAGUGCUUCCACGAGACGCUGCACCGCGAUGAUAAGAUGACUGUCACCUUCCAGGUCGGCGACCGCGAGUUUGGCAGCGCCGGCAACCUGGACAUCGACUUCUGGAUCACGAACCCCCAGGGUCAGUACGAGACCUUCGACAAGAGCGUUUCCAACGGCGACUUCUCCUUUGACGCCAAGCACGACGGCAAGUACACCUACUGCUUCGGCAACGAGCACUGGGGCGCCCACAGCAAGGAGGUCUCCUUCAACGUCCACGGCAUCGUCUACGUCAGCGAGACCGACGUCCCCGCCGACCCCCUCGAGACUGAAGGUAAGGAAGACCCAAGAAUUUGUGGCCAGGCAGUAAUUGGCGAGGAACUCAUUGGGACUAACACACGCGCGCUCUCAGUCCGUCACCUCUCCGAGCUCCUUGCCCAGGUCAAGGACGAGCAGUCCUACAUCGUCAUCCGCGAGCGCACCCACCGUAACACCGCCGAGAGCACCAACAGCAGAGUCAAGUGGUGGAACCUGUUCGUCAUUGGUCUCGUCGUCGGAGAGUCCGUGUUCCAGGUGUGGUGGCUUCGCAGAUUCUUCGAGGUCAAGAGAGUGGUUUAA